AUGGCUUCAAAGGUGGACCACAGGGUAGAGUUGAUGUCAUCUUCAUGGAUGACUUUUACUCUCUUGAAAGUGCUUGAUCAUGAUAAUGAAUUUAUUCAUGAUGUCUGUGGGUUGUCUGACAAUGAGUGGCUAUCAGAGGAGUUGAUUAGUGGAUCAGAUAGUGAGGACAAUGAUGGGUCCACUAAGAUAAGGUUUCCCACUUUUAGUAUGCCUAAAACAUUGGUGGGUUAUAAAUGGGAAGUAGGAACCUAUUUUGCUGAGAAAAAUGAAUUCACAGAUGCCAUAAGGACUUAUGCACUAAGUAAUGGGAGAAGUUUAAAAUUUAUUAAGAAUGACAAGAAAAGGAUUUCUAUGAAGUGCUUGGGUAGAAGAGGAAAUUGUAAAUGGUAUGCGUAUUGUUCCUUUAAGACUGAUGUCAGUGCAUGGCAAUUGAGAAAAGUGUUUGAUGUUCACAACUGUAGUAGAGAUUUCAAUGUAAAGUUGAUGACUUCAAAGUGGUUGAGUGAAAGGAUGGCGAAAACUGUGAGAGAAAAUCCUACAAUGAAGGUUAUGGACAUUAGGGACAAAGUUACUAGGAAAUGGAAUGUAGGAAUUUCAAGAAAUAUGGCUUUUAGGGCAAGAGCAAUGACAAAAGAUAAGGUUGAAGGAUCAUUCAAAGAUCAAUACAGAAGACUUCACGAUUAUGGUCAUGAGCUGCUGAAAACAAAUCCAGGUACAACAGUACAAAUUAAAGUUGAUAACAGUAAUGGUGAGGUCAUAUUCCAAAGAUUUUAUGCAUGCUUGAAGGCAUGCAAGGAUAGCUUCAUUUGUUGUAGACCUAUUAUUGGCUUGGAUGGAUGCUUUCUCAAAAGCAAGUAUGGAGGGGAGUUACUAACAGUAGUGGGAAGAGAUGGAAACGACCAAAUGUUGCCCAUAGCAUAUGCUAUUGUUGAGGUAGAAAAUAAAGACUCCUGGACUUGGUUCUUGGAGCACCUUAUUGAGGACCUUGGUGGGGUAGCUGUAUGUGUAGGAUGCACAUUUAUUUCAGACCAACAAAAGGGUCUUUUGCCAGCUAUCCAAGAUCUUCUACCUGGUGUAGAACAAAGAUUUUGUGUUAGGCAUUUAUAUUCAAACUUCAGAAAAAAAUUUCCUAGAAAAAACCUUAAACGUCUCAUGUGGCGGGCAGCAACAGCCACACACCCACAACAAUGGGAGGCUGAAAUGAGGAAUAUUAAAGACAUCAAUUUAGACGCAUUUAAAUAUCUGCUUGCCAUCCCACCUAGGUUUUGGUCAAGAUCUAGAUUCACCUCUAGAUCACAAUGUGACACUCUUGUGAACAACAUGUGUGAGGGCUUUAAUAGUGUGCUAGUUGAUAGUAGGUCUAAGCCUAUUAUUAGCAUGUUAGAAGACAUAAGGGUUUACAUAAUGAAGAGAUGGGCUGCCAAUAGGACAAAGAUCACAUCAUAUCAAGGUUCAAUCUGCCCCAAGGUUUUUAACAGAUUUCAGAAGGAGUCCUGGUUAACUAGAUAUUGGUUACCAAGGUGGUCAAGAGAAAAAUUAUUUGAAGUGAAACAUCUUUCACAAUUUGGUGAGCUAUUUGUUGUGAAUGUUGACAACAUGGACUGCACAUGUAGAAAAUGGGAAAUUACUGGCAUUCCGUGUACUCAUGCCAUCACUGCAAUGAAAUUUUUGAAUAUAAAUGCAGAAGAAUACAUUGGGCACUGGUUUAGGAAGUCUACUUAUGAAGAGACUUACAACACAAUAAUUAACCCUAUCAAUGGACAACAUGUGUGGGAUGUUACACCCUAUUCAGAUAUAUUACCACCAAAGAAGAGGACAAUGCCAGGAAGGCCCAAGAAGAAACGAAGACUAGAGGAUUGGGAGUUGAAGAAGAAUAACAGUGAAUUAAAAAAGGGUGGGCAGAGGAAAAGAUGUGCCAUCUGCAAAGAACUUGGACACAACAGAAAAGGUUGUCCACAAAGACCUCCAACAGUAGAGGUUCCUACUGCCCAAUCUGUACAAGUCACCCAACCUCCAGCAACAGAUGUUCCUAUUACUCACCAAACAACUAUGCCUUUAUCUGAUGAAUGA